CUCUCUCUCCUCUCUCUUACAUACACACACUCGCACACACGGUAACCAACUUGGCAUUUUUUUCUCUGCUUUUGUCGAUCAACAUAGGAAGAACGAAUGCUUUUCACUGCAAAUCGUCUGUAGCGAAUACUGACGCAUACGUACGCAUACCGAGAAGUAAUUUAGACGAAGCAAAAAAAAACUAAUCUGUCGGCCAUAUUGUACUUGUACUUGGUUAGUGGUUCUUCUUCUUUUUCUAAAAACUCGAGCAAAGUCACUGUACAGCCAACGGAGAGAAGAAGAAGAAAAAACAGUAGCGAAAAAAAAAUUGUAAAAGCCGUGUGUCAGCAUUAUUAGGUUGAAACAUUCGAGAGUAAUUGAAACAAAUCAAAACCACACUAGGCCUUCUUAAAGUGGCGUGUGUAUUUCAUUCAUUCCAAAAAGAAAUAAGUGAACGCAUUUUUUCGUGUGUGAGAAAUAUCCUAACGGAUAGGUGUCAGUGAACUCGUUUUCAACUUUCAAUUUGCAUAUCAUUCAAUAAAUUCGAUUUAAAAUCGUAGUGCGAACAUUAACUUACGUCUUGACUUGGCAACUAUCGUGCAAAACAACAACCAUUUAAAGGCAUAAAAAUGGGCGAUUUUUCAUCCCUUCAACAACAAUCACAGAAUUUUGCUGCAGCGCUACAAAGGGCUAAGCAGAUUGCGGCCAAAAUCCACCCGGGCGCUGGUGGAAACAACAACAGCAAUAUGGGUGGAGGAUGUGGUGGCGGCGGCGGUGGCGGAAUCGGUACGAAACGUUCGAUCGACUCAGAUGGAUCAGAACCGGAAUGCAAAAAAAUGAACAGCAACUCCGGAUACCAGUCGCCAGACUCGAUGCCAGCUAUGCAGGCUGUCCAACAAGCGGCUGCAGUAGCAGCACGGCUCGCACAAAGUAUUGGACAUACGAUGAACGAAGAGAUUAAAGUUCCGGAAAAGAUUGCACCAAUCCUCAGCGGUCGAUGUGGCAGCGAUGAUGAAUUGAAAAGCAUUCAAGCACAAUCAAACUGUAAAAUUUCAUUCUCCCGUGAAUCAGAUCGGAUAUGCACGCUAAGCGGCCAAAAAGAGUCGCUAAAUCAUGCCAAAGAUUUGAUCAACAAACUAUGCAACGAACAUAAUACGGGCAAUGGCGUUGAAACGAUCAGUUGUAUUUUGGUGCCACCAGCUGGUACAAAUGGCUAUCCACCCUAUCAGGAGAUUAUGGUUCCCGGCUCAAAAGUCGGUUUGGUCAUUGGCAAAGGUGGCGAAACAAUAAAAAUGCUCCAAGAGAAAACUGGCGCAAAAAUGGUCAUAAUCCAGGAUGGACCUGGACAAGAGCUCGAAAAACCACUGCGGAUCUCAGGUGAACCAGCAAAAGUGGAUCAUGCAAAGCAGCUCGUGUUCGAUUUGAUAUUAGACAAAGACGCUUUCAAUAGUAACAGCCGCCCAAGUUUCAAUCCAGGCAAUGGAGCACCACCGGGCAGCGAGCAGGCUGAGGUGUUCGUGCCAAAGACGGCCGUAGGGGUCGUCAUUGGCAAAGGAGGAGAAAUGAUCAAGAAAAUCCAAGGUGAAACCGGCUGCAAAUUGCAAUUCAUCCAAGGCAAAGGCGAUGGACCAGGUGAUCGUCGCUGCAUUAUCUCGGGCACUAAACAACAAGUCGAAGAUGCAAAACGAACCAUCGAAGAUCUUAUUGAAAGUGUUAUGCGAAGCAACCAGAAUAACCAGAAUCGCAACAAUCAGAAUUCAAAUGUGACAAACAGCAAUUAUGGCUACGGCACCGAUGCCAGUCAGCAGCCAAUGCGCGAAGAAGUCUCGUUUGCCGUGCCCGCAUCCAAAUGCGGCAUCGUUAUUGGACGCGGUGGCGAAACAAUUAAAUUGAUCAAUCAACAGUCGGGAGCAUUCUGCGAAAUGGAUCGCAGUGCGAUCAAUCCACCCAAUGAAAAAAUGUUCAAAAUGCGCGGCACGGCUGAGCAAAUCGAACACGCUCGCCAAUUGAUUUCAGAGAAAAUCGGCGUUGAAAUCAACAUUUUAAGUACGCGACAAAUUGGCGGCGGCACAGCUGGUGGUAGCUCUGGCCAAUAUGGAAUGCAAGCAAACAAUCCAGCAAUGUACAAUCAACAACAGCAACAACAGUGGGGUGGCUACCAGCAGCAAAUGUGGGACCAAUCACAGCAACAAAUGGCCGUUGGCGCACCGGGCCAACCAGACUAUUCAGCCCAAUGGAUCGAAUAUUACAAAUCAAUUGGACUGCACCGCGAGGCUGAAAUGAUCGAACAACAAUUAAAAAUGAAACAAGGCGCCGGGCAAAUGGCCAUGACACCAGCAAAUGGAAAUGCUCAAUCGAUGGCAGUGGCUACUGCACAGCAACAGGCUCAAGUGGCAAGCGGCCAACAAGAUUACAGUAAGCAAUGGGCCGAAUAUUACAGAAGCAUCGGUAAAAUGGAUGAAGCUGAAGCCAUUGAAAACCAAAUAAAGACUAAGGGUGGAUCGGGACAAUCUCCUUCAAACGUAGGAGGACAGAGUACGAAUGCCUCAAGUGCCGUACCAAGCUAUCCAGGCGCACAGCAGCCGAUGGGCGGAAAUUACAAUCAGUAUGCUCAGUACUAUGCUGGGGCAACGGCAGCUGCGAAUCAAGGUAAUUAUGGUGCUCCUCAGCCAUACAACGCAUACGGAGCCGCUUAUCCAGGACAACAACAGACGCCGAACCAAACACAAUCUCAACCAAGCAACGACAAGAAGUAGAACAGUACAAUCAAUCUCUCCAGCGCCGCAUGUCAUCAAACCGAGAUAGUGAGGCAUAAUAUUCGGGUGAGUACUCAAAUUACUCAAUUCAAACAACAACAACAACAAAAAAUCAUUGAAAAUUUCUGUUUGCUUGGCCAAAUUUGUUCCUCCAUUUCAAUUUUCUUUAUUUAUUCGUGAAAUAUUUACAAAAUACAAUGUUGGUUUUUUCCUCUCUCCCCUUAUUACGCCACUUUGAAUGCCCUUGUCCCUCUUUAUUUAAAACAAAAUAAAAUAUACACAAUUUACGGAUAAAGCGCACCGAUAUAAUUUUUUAAACAAAAAGCGUAUAUUCGAAUUACGACAAUUUCGAUUACAUCUAAUUUUCAUUCCAUAUAUUAAAUUAGUAAUAUGCGGCGACCGCAACACUUAUUUAUACUAGAUAGAUUCCAUUUUCUAGAUACAAUUUACAAAACAAAAACUUUCUUAGUUUCGUUUGUAUGAACAAUCAAUUUUUUUUUCUAUUCAAGUAGCCAAUUUCUAAACCAUUUCAAUAACUUUUUUUUUUGGAAAAAAUACAUUUAAACAUUUCAAUUGAACAAUAUUUUUUGCGAUUAUCCAAAUAAAUUUGAAACAAAUUUUACACACAUAAAAAGUUCGUUAAACAUUUAUAUCUCUUUGACAGCACUUUGUUAUGGAACGAAGACCCGAUGCUCACGAGUUUUAUGUUUCAUUCUCUCUUUUUUUGUUUUGUUUUCUUAAUUGAACAAAAUGUUGUCAUUGAGCUUUUUAUGAAAUCAUUUCAUUUAUGUGCACUCAUACAGACAGCACCCACUCAUACAAUCAUUUUGUUUUUUUUUUCUUUUCUCUUUCUUAUUACAACAAAAAAAAAACAACAUCAAAAAUAUUUUUUCUCUCAAACUAUUUUGCAAACAACAACAAAAUAUUCCACUUAAAAUAACCAACAUAUAUUUAUAUGCUUUUAUUCACGCUAUCAGCAUCCAUAUGAAUAUAUAUGAAAAAUCUUUUUUUUUACUCUUUUUGUUAAAUUGUUUUUUGAUUUAAUCUCUUCCAUUUUUUAAUAUAUAUACAUUAUUUGGACUUAAGCAUUAUGAAAUACUCUCAACCAUUUAACAUUUACACAUUUUUAUAUAUUUCUAUAUAUUUUUUAAUUUAACCAAAAAAUGAAUUUGUCUCGUUAACUUUUCUUUUUGCAGAAAUACCAAUAAAAAAUACUUUACCGAUCUAUAUUAUCUGUGUAAUCAAAGCAAAAAAAAAAUCAUAUGCAAAUAAAAUAUAAACGGUUUUUAGUGAGCAAGAAAUCUGACCGCAAGAAGAGAAACAAAAAAUCUACGAAUUUCGAAAAAUCGUUUGCGUAUAUGUGUAGCAUAUUUUGAAGAAGUAAACUAACCUGAAAAAAAAAAUUAUGAACAGAAACGAAUAUCAAUGCGAGAACACAAGCGGAGAGAGAGUAAGAGAGAAAGAGAGAGAGAGAGAGAAAGAGAGAGAGAGAGAGAGAGAGAGAGAGAAAUGUGACAGACAUGGAGGCGAAAUAACUAACGUAUUCAAUGAUAGAAUAUAAAAUCUAUUGAUAGAAUGAAAUGUAUGUCAAAACCAAAAUGGAAUUCAAUUGGCAAAGUAAAUUUGCGCAAACAUUCACUUAACGUACAGUGCACACGGCAUAAGAAUUUUUUUUUUUCAUUACUAUAUAACCUUUUUUUCCUUUCUAUAAAAUAAAACACACACUUUUUUCUAUGCGAAACACUGAACAAAAAAGAAUCGUUGGAUUAUCCAAAAAAAAUAUCAUUAUUGAAUUUUAUGUGUAGAUAUAUUACACGUGUGUUUAGCGUUAGUUUAUUAAGAGCAAAAAAUUUAGUCGAAUUUUUCUGCUGUCAUUAAAAUUAAUCAACUCAUUUUCA